GUAUUUACAUACGGUACGCAUAUUAUUUACUAGCAUUGUGUAACUACCGGUAGUUAUGUCUUGUCAGGCGGGUUAACACGCCUGACAGAGUCUGGUUUAUCCAUGACUGACUGGCAUCUGUUUGGGAAGCGACCACCAGUGUCCCGGGAUGAAUGGGAGAAGGAGUUCAGCCAGUAUCAAGCGUUCCCUGAAUACAAAUUGAAAAACAGAGAUAUGACCCUAGAGGAGUUCAAAUUUAUAUGGUGGAUGGAAUAUGGGCAUCGCCAGUGGGGUCGAACCAUUGGCACAUUCUUCCUGUUGCCUGCUGCCUACUUCUGGCAUAAAGGCUGGUUCACUCGAGCAAUGAAGAAGAGAGUUGUCGCCUGUGGGGUUCUUAUUGGCUUUCAGGGUCUGCUGGGAUGGUACAUGGUCAAGUCUGGUCUUGAGGACCGUUUUAAAGACCCUUCAGAUGUACCUAGGGUCUCACAGUACCGACUGAUGGCCCAUCUUGGAUCUGCAUUUGUCCUCUACAGUCUUUUUCUCUGGAAUGCUCUUGCAGUAACCUAUCCUCCUCAGAAAAUUCAACAGGUAACUGCACAAGCACGGAAGUUCCGCAUGCUUGCUCACAUGACUAAGGGCUGGGUGUUCAUCACAGCACUUUCAGGAGCUCUGGUAGCAGGGCUGGAUGCAGGAUUGGUAUACAACUCCUUCCCAAAGUUUGCUGAUCGGUGGAUUCCCAGUGACCUCUUGGCCUUAUCCCCAACACUAAGAAACUUUACUGAAAACCCCACAACAGUACAGUUUGAUCACAGGGUUAUGGGAACAGUCUCGGUGUGCUUAGCCACAGCCUUAAUGCUGUGGUGUCGGAGAGGGAUGAAACUUCCACCGCGGGCAUACACUGCUGCCACAGCUCUUGGUGCUGUUACCUGGAUGCAGGUUGGCCUCGGCAUUUCAACAUUGUUACUGUAUGUUCCUGUUGCACUGGCUGCCAUGCAUCAAUCUGGCUCGCUCCUGACACUCUCCUGUGCUCUCUGGCUCACUCAUGAACUAAAAUAUGUCAAGAAGAUCCCUAAGUAAACCAAGGUACAGGAAAAAGUUCAGUGUAGUAUGAUGAUAGAUAAAGUUAGAGCAUUAGUACUCAUAGCUUAUUAAAGAAUCACAGUAUGUAUACUUAAGCAUAAUUUUGUGUAUACGUGAAGUGUUUUUCAUCAAACCGGCCAUAUCCCACUGAGGCAGGGUGACCUAAAAAAAAAUGAAAGUACAUGUAUACAUUAAGUGAAACGGCCAAUUUUUAUAAAAUGUUAGUUAUUGAAAUAAAUUCUCUUUGCUGUAGUCUAUUUACUACUGUAUUAAGAAUGCAAUAUAAUGAAUCAUAAGAGAUUGUUGUUUAUAAUGUUAAGCCUUUAACCUUACAUGCUUCUGGUAUGUAUAGUUUCAAGAGUUGUUCUGGCAUUUGUCUGGCCUGAGGUCAGACUUCCCUGUUGGGUACCUGAUCAUCCACACUGUUGUAGCCCACAGCCUGCAGGCUCAUAUAGGCAUCACAGCCGGGCUGAUCGGCACUUUUUUGCAGAAAUAUAUUCAUUUACCUCUUGAAAACUUCUAUACGUGUUCUGCUAUAUAUUAUUUCUUACAUCAUCUGCAACACACAUUAAUCCCCCACUUAAUAGCCAGAAUGCUGUCCGGUCACUAAGCAGCUUGUGUGUCUCAUAUUUUGUCCAAAACUUGAUGAUAAAAAUGUUGCUGUGAUGUUGAAAAUAUGUUAGAGCUUACACCAGGAUUAUUGUAGUAAUCAUUUGAAGCUCUAAUCCCAAAAGGGUUGUGCAGUUCCCAGGAGGUAAUCAUGUUUGAUCCAGUAAAUGGGAGGUUGGUUCUAAUUCCUUAGAACAAGAGCUCUUUAUUAGCAUAUCUGCAACAUAUUUUAGUUUUAACACAGUGGCCGUCUCUCACUGUCGCAGGGUGACCCCCAAAAAAAAGACAAAGGUUUCUUUUUUCAUAUUUAGCAAAUAAUACAGAAGGGGGUUAGUAGCCCCUUGCUCCUGCCACAUAUAUCCAUAUGAAUUAGUCAUGUUUUUUACCCAGAAAUAGCUUGAAGAUUAAAUUUAUAAAUAUUCAGAUUAUCCAAAGAAGUGUAGAUGAAUGGUUCGGAGAAGGGACAGGUUGAUAAAUUAGACACAUGUGCAACACUUGGGUAUCUUUAAUGAGGAAAUGUUUUGCCAUACAGUAGCUUCAUCAGUCCAUACAAAAGAGAAUGGUGAAGAACAGGAAGUACAUUGUGUAUACAUUCCUAAGAUAUAUGCUGUAUGACCUUUACUUGUUUCUAAGAUAUAUACUGACUGUAUGACCUAUACCUGUUUCUAAGAUAUAUACUGACUGUAUGACCUAUACCUGUUUCUAAGAUAUAUGCCUUAUGACCUUUGCCUAUUUCUAAGAUUAAUACUUCAUGACCUUUAUGUUUUUGGCACUUACCAGUAAAUGUAAUAAUAGGAAUAAUUCAGCAAAUGGAACUCAGUUCCUGGAGGUGUGCAGGGCAGUGGCUGCACUUGGUGGGCAGGACAGUGGCUACACUUGGUGGGCAGGACAGUGGCUGCACUUGGUGAGCAGGACAGUGGCUGCACUUGGUGAGCAGGACAGUGGCUGCACUUGGUGGGCAGGACAGUGGCUGCACUUGGCAUGUAGGACAGUGGCUGCACUUGGUGGGCAGGACAGUGGCUGCACUUGGUGGGCAGGACAGUGGCUGCACUUGGCAUGUAGGACAGUGGCUGCACUUGGUGGGCAGGACAGUGGCUGCACUUGGUGUGCAGGACAGUGGCUGCAUUUGGUGGGCAGGACAGUGGCUGCACUUGGUGUGCAGGACAGUGGCUGCACUUGGAAGGAGGGAUGGGAAUGUUACAGUUAAACUGCAAUAUCGCCACAUUAAACUGUAAUGUCAACACACUUCUGGCAAAACAACUAUUGAAUGAAAAAUGGUGACUGUUUCCGUUUUUUUAAUUCCCUGGUGUGAGGCAGCUGUAGAGGCAAAAAAUAAUAAUGUGCACUCCCAGCUGCUGCUAUAUUCAGAAUGUGUUGAGAGGCCGCUAGAAAGUGCACAACAUUCGCCACUCGUAGCACAUGUCCUGAACUGUACAGAAGUGCCUUUUUCCACAACAAAAGUGUUGAGACUCCCAGGUUAACAAUUUUAAAAGUGCCAUCCAGUAAUUCAUGGAUUUCUAAAUCAUUAUGUCAAAUCAUGUCUCAAAUCAUUUUGGUCACACUGUCAAUAUUGACAUGAUUUGUUAAUAUAUUUCGUAUGCAUUGUAGUUCUAGUAUAUAAUAGUUUUUAUAUAUGUAGUACUGUAAUAUCAUCUUAUGUCGCAAUAGCAUUUUAAAUUGCAAUAAAAUACUUAAACAUUUUGAACCUUUUUUAAACUUGAAGACAACAAAGAUAGAGACUGAUGAAAGACUAACAUUAAUAUUCUUUUAAUGAGUUCAAAUUUGUUUCAAAUUUUUUUAAUAGUUUAUAAGAAAUAUCCAAAGAAAAAUUAUUCUAUAUGUGUUUAUUCAACUUUUGUUCUUACAUCAUAUUGUUUAUUGGCUUUUUCAUUUGUGCUUUGAGAAUAUAUUUAAAUUAUUAUAAAGAAAUUUAUACUAUUAA